AUGGUCAUUUCACGAUCAGGAUCGACUGCGAAUACACUCAGCUGGUUCGUUGGUCUCCUGUCGACCUUUGCCAUUGCAAACGCUCAGCAAUUCAGCGAUGGGCUCCUCGGCUACCAUGUCUACCCAGGGCUGAGUGACCAGUGUGCCGAAGCUUUGAACACAACCAUCACAAAUUGCGCAAGCUUUCUGGCCACGGUUGCUGUCGACAUGCCCCGUCUUGACUCGAGGUCUCUUGAGACUCUGUGUACCGCGACAUGCAGGUCCUCUCUGUCUUCCGUCCGAGGGACAAUCGCCUCGCGCUGUCGAGGCAACACCGAUGUCCUCGAGAUAGAGUCAAUCGUUUAUCCUGCCACGUUCGUGAUUGACAGAUUUCUCUAUGCGUAUGAUAUUUCUUGCGCAAAAGACAGAAACACCGGCAGGUUCUGCGAUCAGAUCUAUAUGGACGCCCUCUCAAACGGCACGGCGUCUAAUGGCUGCUCCGACUGCGCUUUGGGUGUUGUGAGUAGACAACUGAACUCGCCUUUUGGGUAUCACCCCGAUUUUGCGAACGACUUUCGUUCCAAAACGUCGGAAUGCGGUGCCACGGGUUAUACCUUUACCUCGCCAGCACCAUAUGCCAUCAGCACGAAGCCCAACGCGAGCCCGACAGACAUCCCAACAUGCGUGUCGCCAUACACCGUCCAAGCAGGAGAUACGUGCGACGCGAUUGCGGCGGCCAGGGGUGUCUCGACUCAUAGCGUUGUCAAGGCCGGCGGUACGGAUCCCGACUGCACUACCUUGCAGGUCGGCGUGAAGCUGUGCUUGCCAGAGCCGUGUAAACUCUAUCGUGUUCAGUAUGACGAUACAUGCGAGCGUAUUCUGGCUCCCCCUGGCAGGACUUUAGACGAAAUUACCAGGAUAACGACCCUGCCUCCAACCACUACGCAACCUCCUGAAACAGCCGUCCCUCGCCCAACAAACGCCAAAGCCGAGUCACACACCCGGUGUGGCAGCUGGUAUGAAAUUCAAGAAGGGGACUACUGCCAAGCCAUCUCCAUCCGCCAGGCCAUCCCCCUCCAAGACUUCUUCUUUCUCAACCCAUCCAUCAGCAAUCCCGACUGCCUCAACCUCUGGCUCGAGACUUCCUACUGUGUCAAGCCAGUAGGCGACAUCAACAUGUACAGCGACUACCCUUAUUCCACAUCCCCGGUCUACACGCUCACUUCGUCCAACUACGUCACAACCACCGCUUCUCUGGUUGACAGGGUGCCGCCCAUCCCCACUCCCAUCAUCUCGCUGCCUCUAGCACCUGGUUCGCGGACAGCAGCCGACGGCUGCCUUGGGUUUGUCAACCACCGGGUCGUCGUUCCACAGAUGGAUCAGUCCCUGCAGACGGAUGUGCCCCCCUUGACCAACAUGAUCAACAGUUGUGACUACGUCCUAGGGGCGUAUGAGGUCCACCUCGACGAGUUUCUGUCCUGGAAUCCCAGUCUGGUGGCAGUCUCGUUUGUAGCCGAACCGUCAAGGACCAACCGCACUUGUAUGGAGGUGGCAAGUUCUCAUCCCGGAACCAUUCCGUCUUGUUCUUGCUAUACCGUCUUGAAAGGCCGGGAUGCCAAAGUCUACCCUUGCGAAGACAUCGCCCUGGACCACAACAUCACAGUGAGCGACCUCAUGACCUGGAACCCCUGGAUAGGACCAAGCUCGUCCGUCUGUGACACGGGCAUAUACGCCAAUCUUCCCGAGUCUAGCGAGCGUCCGAUCUGCGUGGGGACAGGGACAAGAAGCAACACCAGCUCUGUGACGUCAGCACAAAGGACGACGACGACAACGGCUAGAAGCACUACUCCUAGCCUCACAACCUCCGAUAGUCCAGGCGCUCCUACGCAGACGGGAAUCGUGGCGGGUUGCCGGAAGUACUACAUCGCGCAGGCAGGAGAUGGUUGUUGGGCCAUCGCCAGCAGCAACAACAUCAAUCUCGAUGACUUUUAUGGGUGGAAUCCAGCAGUCGGCACAGAUUGCCUAAACCUCUGGCCAAACUACGCGUACUGCGUUCAGGGCCCAGCCUCCAUGACUUCCCCCACUGAAGUACCCACAACGACCACGGCUGGCGGGGUGCCGCCGCCGGGACCAACGCAGGACGGGGCUAAUCCGGCGUGUAAGAGGUGGCACACGGUCGUUUCUGGGGAUGACUGCGCUGCUAUCCAGCAGAGAUAUGGCGUGCCGGAUUUUGCAACGUUUCUUCGCUGGAAUCCUAGCAUUGGGUCUAACUAUGAGAAUCUAUGGUUGGGGUACAGUGUCUGUGUCGGGAUUUGA